AUGGCGGGCGAUGCUGAAACGAAGAAAGGGAAGUCGAAGAACCCUAAGAACAGUAAAGAGAGCACUCUCAAGCAAAAAUCCCCAGCUGAAUUUUUCGCGGAGAACAAGAACAUUGCUGGAUUUGAUAAUCCAGGGAAGUCGCUUUAUACUACAGUUAGAGAGCUUGUUGAAAAUGCUCUUGAUUCCGCAGAGUCGAUUUCAGAGCUCCCUGAGGUUGAAGUAACAAUUGAAGAGAUUGUAAAAUCCAAGUUUAAUUCCAUGAUUGGUCUUAUCGAUCGGGAACGUGUUGACACAAAGCUGUAUGAUGACUAUGAGACAGAGAAGGCCCGUGGGAAAAGGUUAGCAAAGGAAGCUCGUGCCAGUGAGAUACAAGCGAAAAAUUUGGCAUCGGGAAAGAAAUACAAAGAGCCUGGAGUCUCAAAGGUUUUAAAGGCCCGUGGGGAAGCAUCAUAUUACAAGGUGACGUGUAAGGAUAAUGGUAAGGGGAUGCCACAUGAUGACAUCCCAAAUAUGUUUGGGAGAGUUUUGUCUGGGACGAAGUAUGGACUGAAGCAAACACGUGGAAAGUUUGGUUUGGGCGCAAAGAUGGCUUUAAUUUGGUCCAAAAUGAGUACAGGCCUUCCCAUAGAGAUCUCUUCAUCUAUGAAGAAUCAAAACUAUGUUACUUUCUGCAGACUGGAUAUUGAUAUUCACAGGAACAUUCCCCAUAUUCAUCUACAUGAAAAGAAGGUCAGCAAUGAUCGAUGGCAUGGAGCAGAAAUACAGGUAGUAAUCGAGGGAAACUGGACAACAUACAGAUCUAAGAUCUUGCACUAUAUGCGUCAAAUGGCUGUUAUCACUCCUUAUGCGCAGUUUCUGUUUAGAUUUAUAUCAGAAACACCCGAGAAAAAUGUCACUAUAAAAUUUACUCGAAGAACUGAUGUGAUGCCCCCAAUUCCUCUUGAGACAAAGCACCAUCCUUCGUCAGUUGACUUGUUGCUUAUCAAGCGCCUUAUUACAGACACUUCCAAAAAGACCAUUCUGCAGUUUCUUCAGAACGAAUUUGUGAAUAUUAACAAAACCCUUGCAACGCGAUUAAUUGGGGAAAUGGGACCUGAUUUCAGCCCUAGUAUGGCUGUCAAAUCUGUGACAUCUCAGCAAAUGGUACGCAUACAUCAGCUAUUCCGCCAAGCUAAAUUCGACGACCCUAGUGGUGAUUGUCUUAGUCCGGCAGGAGAAUACAAUCUUCGUCUAGGGAUUAUCAAGGAGCUGCAUCCAGAUAUGGUGGCAACAUACUCAGGCAGUGCUCAGGUCUUUGAAGGUCAUCCUUUCAUUGUUGAAGCUGGUGUUAGUGUGGGGGGAAGAGAUGUGAAACAGGGGAUCAACAUAUUCCGUUUUGCAAACCGUAUUCCUCUCCUUUUUGAACAAGGAGCUGAUGUUGUCACCAGGACAGCCUUAAAGAGAAUCAAUUGGAGUAGCUAUAAGAUCAACCAGGCGCAAGAUAAAAUAGGAGUAUUUGUGAGCAUAGUGAGUACAAAAAUUCCUUUCAAAGGGACAGGGAAAGAGUACAUAGGAGAUGACAUCAGUGAGAUAGCUACUGCAGUCAAGUCUGCAAUUCAACAAUGCUGCAUCCAACUGAAAGCCAAAAUAGUAAAGAGAAUGCAAGCCCGUGAACAGCAGGAGCGUAAACGUAGUUUGAGCAGAUACAUCCCGGAUGCAACGGGAGCAGUGUACGAGGUUCUAAAACAAAUGACGGAAGAACAUACAACAAAGAGAAAACGUUACAAAGAGGAAGACACAGUUAUGCUUGAUAAAGUGUCUGAACAAAUAAUCACAAAAGAAACAUUGAAAGAAAAGCUUGCUCAACAUGUGGAACAGGUGGACUAUGAAAUGGCAUUAGAGUAUGCAACACAGAGUGGAGUUAGUGAAGAACCAAGAGAAAACAUUUAUCUCCAACACUUGAAUCCCAACAUCUCCAAUUUCAUUGAUCUUCACAGUCCAACUUUUGUCUUCAGGCUCAUCUUGUAA